AUGACCUCAGGAAGUAAAGUCCUUCCGAGCUACCGGGAGGUCUUCUCCGUGCUCGAGGGCUUGGGGUCGCUCGCCACUUCGCCCGAGGAGGUCGAGAAGCUGCUCGGCGACUGCUCGGAUUUUCUGAAGGGAUGCUUGGACUCGUUCAAGCCCCCGUCGUCGGCGUCCAAGGCUGCGGUGGAGAGCGGGACGGUGAGCGGCUACGGCGAUCAGCCUCUCAACCUGAACGAAUCGAUCCGCAAGGUGACGGUGGAGGCGUCGACCAGGCUGGCGCUGGACGAGGUGCAGACCUACGCGCUCCUGCGGCGCUGCUUGGAUGAGGACAAGUCUCCGCUGCCCACCGCCUGCGACGACGACCUCGUGGUCCGCCUCACCCGCUACUACUUCGCCGAGCGACUCCAGCUGAUGAAAUGCAUCCAGGCACUUCUGGAGCGAGGCACGGACGCCGAACACGACGACGACGACGACGAGGUCACGCCCGCGCUCGCCCACGCGCGCGCGUGCCUUCGAGACCUGCUGGCCGGGGGCCUGGAGGAGAAGCUGACUGGCGCGCUCUGCUCGCACAUGCGCGGGUCCACCCCUACGCGACCGGCUGAGUACUCGAAGGACAGGAGACGCAACGCCCAGCUCGCCAAGAUGUGGGCGACGCAGGCGCUCGAGGAGACGCAGGUGAUGCUCGACUGCGCGUUCUACAUGUACUACAGCCCGGGCGUGAGGUGCUCGGCGAGUGGGUUCACGCGACUCGCCGUCGCGUUUGAGGAGGGCGCGAUGGGACGGGCGCCCGCGUCGGCCGCGGAGCUGGUGAACAACGCUUGGGUGGACGGUGAACGAGGGGAGGAAUACGCCAGGGAGACGGUGAACAGGUUCUCGGACUCGUUCAGGGCGAUGUGCUCGGUGAUACUCAUAGAGACGAUGGACCUGGAGGACGUGGUGCAGUCGCUGAACGCCGCGGACGGCGGCGACACGCACGCCAUGUUGAACGUCGAUGCGAUGAAAGACGUGGCGAAGGCGCUCGGUAAGUGGCCCUCGGACGCGACGCACGGCCCGGUACUCCUGGCGUGGGCAACUCUGCUGUCCCUGGCUCCCUCGGCUGCCUCUGGCCUGACGCCGCCGCCCGAGGCUGACCCGGCGAAGAUGUCGGCGCGGGCGGCGGGCGGAGACGCCGGUUUCGAUUCGCUGCUGUCCCUGCUCCGAACGGACUACAUCAAGGGGAUCGGACACGCGUGCAAAUCUGUGCUCAAGAAUCUCUUCACCGCGUCGCUGGCCGCUUUCGACGUGCUGCCCGUGCAGAGGCUGAAGCCCGGCGAGCUCGACACGCUGCUGGAUAUCCUCGUCGAGCUGGUCGAGGGCCAACCGAUCCUCUGCGAGCAGUUCUGGGGCGGCUCGCACGGGGACGGCCAGGAGGCGCCGCUGAUGAACCUGCUCGUCGGAUGCAGGGAACGGCACCCGGCGGACGGCGUGCCCUUGCUCAGGGCUCUCUCGGCGCUUGCAUCCGGCUCCGACGCCGCGGCGUGCGCUCUCGCGUUUCUGUCCAGGUCGCCGACGGUGGCGCUGCCCACCUCGGGGCCGGGCGCGGACAUGGCGGGAUCCAUCGUGCCCGUCGGGCGAGACGGCAAACCCACGCGCAAGUGGAAGCUCGCGAUGGAGCGAUGGGAGGGCGAGUACGCCGACUACGAGCAGAGGCGGGACAUGGGCUGGGGCGGCGACGCUCCUCCCGCACCGCCGCUACCGGCGGGCCCGGUGCGAUCGACGGUGGCGCUGGCCAGUGCGUACCUCCCGGGCGCGGCCAUCCCCGCGGGCGCGAGAGGCGUCGCGAUCGAUCGCAUGGGCUCCGCGCGGGACGCCGCGGACGAGGAGGAGGGUGAUGGUGCUGGUGAGGAUGACGAGGAGGAGGAUGACGAGAACGCGGUUAUGGCCACGGCGGGUCCAGCCACCUCGGGGCCGGGUGCCGACAUCGUCACCUGGGACGCGCCCGCGGAUGGUUUCGCGAUUACGAUCGCCCGCCUCUGUGUCUUGUCGACCGCCGGCGCGGCGAAGGAGGCGGACGCGAGAGAACUCGACGCCAUCCUGAGCUUCAUCGCCAAGGUGCUCAAGUCGGCUCCGUCGUUUGCCGCCAAAUUUGCGGCGGUGGACGUGUCCGAUGGCGUGCCGCGGGGGACACCGACCACCAUACUCGCCGCGCUCACCGCGGUAAUCGCCGCUGCCGUGACGCCGGGCAGGGCGUGGUCCACGUUACCGUGCACACCGGGCGGAAACAACCACCCGGGGCUCGAGAGGACCGCGCUCGCUCUCGACGCCGCCGCGCCGCUCGCGUCCGCCGCGCCCGGCGCCGCGUUGGCUCAGCUCACGGCGACGCCCCUUCUUCACGCGGACACGGGCGCGCCCCGGGGCCCGCUGGCCUCGAUGCGCGCCCCCGGACCCGCCGUCGGCCUGGCGAUGUUCGAACGAUCGGUCCUUCCCGCCGAGUGCACCACCGGGGAGUACCCGGUGACCCUCGCGCUACUCGGUCUCACGGCGAAGCUUCUCUGGGCCGGCGCUGGCGCGGCGCCGGCGAUGACCCCGAUCCUGCAGCACGUCUUCCAGGAGGUGCUCGUGCAGCACGGCACGUGGCGGUACCGUCGCAGAUCGGACCGGUGGGCGAUCCACGCGGCGCUGGUGCGCGUCAUCGCCGCCGCGCUCGCGCCUCGGCCGGGUCCCGCCAACGCCUCGCGCCGAGCCGCCGUCGCGGGUUUCGUCUCCUCGGACGCGGCUGCCGCGGAGGCGACGCUGGCGCCGCUGACGAUGGACGCGGAGGCACUCCGACGCAUGCACGACGUACGCGCGGCGGAGGUUGCCGCCGCCGAGGACGCCGUGGCUGCCACGCUCGGUAUGCUUCCCGCGCUGAUGUCCGCGUUUGCGGAGGUUGCCAAGGAGAAAAACUCCCCGUCGCCGCUGGAGUCCGGACCCUUGGCCCACGCGCUGCUCGUGGAGGGCCCCGGGGGAGGUUCCCCGCUCGCGGCGGCCGUGGCUUCCUACGCGGCGUACCCGUUCGACGCCGUUUUCCGCCCGCUCGCGCUCCCCGCGCUUGCCGCGCUGUGCGCCGCCGCGCCCGCCGAUCCACCGCUGGCCUGCGCCCUCCCGUCGCUCACUGCGGCGUCGGACGUCCCGUCGGCGUUUGACUCGCCGUACAAGCACAAGGGCGACGCGGAUGUGGCGGCCGCUGCGAAGCUGGACGUGCGCGCGGCGAUCGUGAACGCGCUUAAACCCGCGGCGGCCCGCGGGGACCCCAAGGGAUUUCGCGCAGCCGCCGCGCUGGUGACCGCCGCCGCCGCGCGUCAACCCAUGCUCGCCGAGUCGAUGCUGAUUCCCGCCAAGCUCGGCGCCGUGAAGCCGGACGAGGAAGACGCCAGCACGCUCGAUUCGCUGUACGAGUGCCUAGGAGAGGCGAAAACCAUGCGGGCGAACGAUCCGCGUUCGUUGGCGUCCGCACUCAAGUCCCUGUUCUCCGUGUGGAACGGCAACCGCCUUCUCGGCGGCGCCGUCGCGGCGCUGCGUUCGGAUAGCUCCUUCGUGUCCCGUCUCGAGGAUUGCCUGCCCGUCUCCGCGGAAGUAGACGGGGACGACGGGUGCGACGACGAGACCGAGGCGUACCGCUUCUCCGUCGAGGCUUACGCGAUGUCCAUGAUAGCCUCCGAGCUCGCCGCCUCGGAGAGGGACUCUGACACGGCGAGAUCCGUGCGGGCGUGGUGCGACGCGAGCGGCGGCGAGAGCACGUUGCUCCGCUGGCUCCGUCGGUGGAUGACGAUAAGACACGACCCAGGGACAUUCUCCAGGGCCAGGUCGCACGCGCAGGCCGUCGUGCUGCUCGCGGCGGCUGAGACGGAGCGCGAGGGCGCCGCGGAUUUGCCGGAUGCGUCUCUCAGGGACGGCGCCGCCGAGGCUGCCCGGGCGCUCCUGUCCCACGCGGCUGCGCAGCAUCUCCUCAUCGGGGGGCAAGCGACCCGCGCCGCCGUCCUGGACGCGGUCGCCGCGGGGGCUGUCGCGAGCGCGGCUGGGCGGGAGGGGAUACGCGCGCCCGGGGAUCCCGUGGGUCGGCUUCUCGACGCGGCGAGGUCUCUGCGGCUGGAGCGCGCGGUUCUCGCGCCCCCGACCCCAAAUUGCUUCGACCCGGAGAUGGGCGGCGACUUCCUCUACGACACCUCGUGGAUCGAGGUCGCGACAGGGCACGCGCGCGUCGCCGACGACGACGGGGCGGGGCACGAGGUCGCGUUCGGGUCGGGCGGCGGCGGAGCCGAGGGGAACCCGAGCUCGCUCGCUCGCGCCGGCGGAGCCGCGGCGGAGGCGCUCAGGGCGGCUGGGCGCGCCGCCGCCCGCGGGAGCUCGCAGCUGUCGGCGCUCGACGCGUGCCUGGAGUUUUUCAACGCGGCCGCGGGUGUCCUACCCCCGGUGACGCACCCGGAGGAUGACGGGUUUGGAUCGAUUCCGGACGCGGGGCUGAGCGACGAGGGCGCGCUGUCGUCGUGGCCCGCCAAGGAGCGCCGCGUCGCCGUGCGGUUGGCGCUCGAAGCGCUCGAGGCGGCGAUGGUGGCGGCGAACGAGGAGGGCGCGGACCACGCCAAGGCGCUCGCCGUCGAGCUCGCCGAGAUGCUCGCGGUCCUCGUCAGGCUGUGGGGGCGCGCGAUCGAGUCGCCGGCGGCGGUUUCGCCGUCAAAGGCUGUCGGGUUUGGCAGCCAGCUGAACCUGCCGGCGGGAUCGACGGGAUCGGACGACGGCGAGCUCAACGCAUUCACCGUCGCCUCGGACGUCGCGCGGGUCACGGUCGAGGUGCUCUCCAGGAGGGGCGACGUCGUGGACGGCGACACGGUGGAGAUCACCAGGGCGCUGCUCACCGCCGUGCUCGCGUCCAUUCGCGCGUGGCGCGACGGAGCGAGCGAAGGCAACCUCCGGGUCUCCGGAAGUUUGCCGGGAAGUUCGCCGCUUCGCGAGGGUAAUCGCCUGGGCCAGAUCCUCUGGCCGCUCGUGCCCAUGCUGUGCGGCGCCGCGUCCGCGCCGAACGGGGGUACCGACUCGGUGCUCGCGCUGUCCGUCCUGCGCGAGCUCACCGACGGUUUGAUGUCGACGCCCGCGCUGGUGGCGGCGAUGCAGAGCCGGGCGCCGCUGCCGCCGCUCGAGCCGCCGCGACCGCCCGUGAGCCCCUCUCCGCUCGCUCGAAGCAACGGGAUGGACUCCUCGGGCCAGGCAUCGAUCAUCGCGGUCCCGUUCAAGUACCUAGGCGACGCGCCGACGAUGGCUCUGCGCCCGUUCCUCGAGCUCAACGCGACCAUCGACGGCGCCGACGGGAAGGAAAACUUGCAGCGGGCAAACGUCGGACCCAAGAUUGGCGCCGAGGGGUCCGUCGACGAGGGGGUGUUCGGCGGCGUGGAGGUACCCGCGGCGCUGAGACUGUGCCUGGUGCUCGGGAGGUCCGCGGAAGGUGCGGAAUCCCUCCACAGGCUCGGUCUGAUUGGUCAACUCACCAAACUGUGCAAGUCCCUGAGCGGCUCGACGUACCACCCGGCGCCCGCGCAUCAACCGUCGCCGCGUCGCGUUCGCGGCAGGGCGGGUUUCGCGCCAGACGAGGCCGAUGAACUCGCGGAGGAACAUCCCCGCGUGGAUCCCGCGGCGCUGUACUGCCUCGCGCUACGCGUCGCCGCCACCCACGCCGACGCCGUCGGGUCAAAGCCGGAGGUUCACGAAGGUCUCGUCGCAAUGGCCGUCGAGCUGGCGGACCGGUUCGCCGCCGCUCUGGCCCCGGCGGAGCUCACCGUCGCGGCGCUCGCCGAGGCCGAGGCGACCGCCACGCUGCUCCACUCCCUCGCGGCUGCGGCGAACGGGCCGUGGCAGCUAAAGACUCCCUCCCACCAGGUUCGCAUGCGAGCAUCCGCCGUGGACUUUCUGCGAUGGAUCGCGUCGCCGCCGCCGCCGAGGCGGGGCGUCGCCUGCGCGCCGCGGGGGAGCGCCCAGGCAUCCGCCGCCCGCCGCCCGCCGCUCGUCGGCGCGUCGACGGGAUGGUUCCACUCGUGCGCGCUGGGAAGCGUCCCGCCGGUGGCCGCCACGCCCGCCGCAGCCAUCGCCGCGGCGGUUGCGGCUAACGACCGAUCAACCCCCGCGGGCAACGCGCACUCCGAGAACGUCGCCGGUCGACUCUACGCGACCGCCGCGAGGUGCGCCGCGUUCCUGGCGUCGUUCCCGCGCGCCAACCCGGCGGCGGCGCUGGGUAGUGAGACGCUGGACAGUCUGAGCGGGCAGGCGGUGGCGCUCGGCGAGGAGAUGGCUUCGCGGAGGGAGGCGAGCGCGACGUCCUCGGCGGGCGUCGCGCUGUGCGAUGCUUUGACCAUGACGGCCAAGUCGUUGCUCGAGUUCGCGUCGGCGCUGGAGAGGCUCGAGGCGGGGGAGCCGAACUUGCCCGAUCCACCGGCGCUGCGUCUGCACUCGUCGUACUCGCUGGUAUCGCAGAUGUCCUGGAGGGAAUCGACCAUCCUCGGGGACCCAAAGUAG